GGUGGCGCAGUGGUUAAGAAUCCGCCUGCCAAUGCAGGGGACAUGGAUUCAAUCCCUGGUCUGGGAAGAUCCUACAUGCCACGGAGCAGCUAAGCCCGUGCGCCACACCUACUGAGCCUGCGCUCUAGGGCCCGUGAGCCACAACUACUGAAGCCCCCGUGCCUUGAGCCUGUGCUCCACAACAAGAGACGCCACCACAAUGAGAAGCCUGCGCACCGCAAUGAAGAGUAGCCCCAGCUCAUCACAACUAGAGAAAGCCUGCGCGCAGCAACAAAGACCCAACACAGCCGAAAAUAAAUAAAUAAAUAAAUAAUUGGAGAAUAUUAGAAACAAUAUUAAAAAAAAGUAACAUAAGCUUACCUAGAGCUUAUGGUCCAGUGGAGGAGACAGAUUUUAAAAAGAUGAAAAUUUAUAGGAAUUCAGAGGAAAAUAUUUUCGUGAUCAUACUGAAAAUUUAGCGUCAGAUGCGUUUAGUAUCACGCUGUGAGUGCUGUUAGUCAAAGCAUAAACAGCCUUUGGGCCGGAUGUGGCUUUCUUCAAGAAGGCUGGCUCUUUGACGGGGCGGAUUCAUUCUGCAACAGGCGGAGACAGGGAUCAAGGCAGGAUGAAGAGGUUAUUUGUGCUUGUGCUGUUUCUCACCUUACUGAUUUUCUUCUCAGGGGCCUCCCCAAUUCUGACGGAAAAGCAGGCCAAACAGGUCCUGAGAUCCCGGCGCCAGGACAGGCCUAACAAGCCCGGGUUCCCUGAUGAGCCCAUGUGGGAGUACAUGCACCAUCUGCUCCGCCUUGAACGCCGUGCUGAGGAACAGUUCCUGGAGCACUGGCUGAACCCACACUGCAAGCCCCACUGCGACAGGAACAUAGUCUAUCCUGUGUAAGCAGCUCGGGACCAGCCCCCGCAAGCAUUUUGAUAAACAGCGGCCCGGAUACUAUUGAAACAAGAUGAGGCUCCUUUCGUUUCUUUUUUCAGCUGUGGAAUGGACAUCUUCAGGCUUUGUAAAUUGUGGGCACAGCACAGGUUGCCUUGGGGAUUGAUGGCAGAUAUUUAUGCUGCUUCAUUUGACUAACCUGCACAACUCAUUAAAACCAGUCACUUAAACUAUAGGCCCCCCCUCCGUCCCCCGCAAUGGCCCUUCCUACCACUGUGGAAGGGUGAGCAGGAGAAUAUUUCCUGGGGCUGGUGGAGCUGGGACCUCCAGAACAGGAGAGGGCUCAGCGAGGACGCCUUGUUCAGCUAAAUGAAGCACACCACUUGGGGCGGCUGGGGUUUUGGUCAUUGCAUUUUUUUUUUUUUUUUUUCCUCUCUCCUUUUCUGCUCUAAUAAACACUGGUGUUAGGCCUGCUUUCCAUGGUGUCUCCUUUCCUUUCCUACAAGAAGAGAAGCAGAGGUUUUUCUUCCUUGUUUAUCUUUGUGACUCCAGGAUCAGAAAAUUUACUGUUCUUUGAAUAGGUGAAUGGAUAAAAAUAUAAACACCCAGCAAUUUUUCACAAGAGCCAUCUCUUUUGGUAAAGAGAUUAUUUACCUAAGGCCAGCUCUGGAAAUAGAGCCGUAACUUAGUACCGGCUCUACACCCUGGUCUUCUAGCCAGGGGGACACUUCUUGUGGAAAGUGGGUUGCAGCUUCUGUGCCCAGUGCCCCUCACCUGCCCACAAACCCCAGAAUCAGA